CAGGCGAGGCCGACCUUGAUCGCCGUCUCCUGGCAGGCGAGGCCGACCUUGAUCGCCGUCUCCUGGCAGGCGAGGCCUGAUCUUGAUCGCCGUCUCCUGGCAGGCGAGGCUGAUCUUGAUCUCCGUCUCCUGGCAGGCGAGGCUGAUCUUGAUCUCCGUCUCCUGGCAGGCGAGGCCGAUCUUGAUCUCCGUCUCCUGGCAGGAGAGGCCGACCUGGAUUUGCGCCUCCUGGCAGACGAGACUGACCUGGACUUCCGUCUUCUGGCAGGUGAAGCUGAUCUGGACCUGCGCCUCCUAGCAGGUGAGAUUGACCUGGAUUUGUGUCUCUUAACUGCAGAAGCAGACCUUGACCUUUGUCUCCUAGUAACUGAA